GGGCCGGGCUGGCCAUGGCGCGGGCAGCGGGCGCGCGGGGCCCGACCGGGUGGUGCGGGAGGCGCUGGCGCUGCGGGCGGGGCGCGCUCCUCGCCUUCGCCGCGUGGACCGCGGGCUGGGUGCUGGCGGCCGCGCUGCUGCUCCGCGCGCACCCGGGUGUCCUCUCCGAGCGCUGCACAGACGAGAAGAGCCGGCGCAUCCUGGCCGCGCUGUGCCAGGACUACCGGGGCGGCGCGCUGGCCGGGGACCUCUGCGAGGACCUGUGUGUGGCGGGAAAGCUGCUGUUCCAACGCUGCCUGCACUACGACAGGGGCAAGAAGGUGCUGCAGGCCGACUGGCGCGGCCGGCCCGUGGUCCUCAAGUCCAAGGAGGAGGCCUUCUCCAGCUUCCCGCCCCUCAGCCUGUUGGGAGAGGAGGCAGGGGAGGGUGGCCAGGACAUCCCCGAGGCAGAACUCCUCCUGAUGGUGGCUGGGGAGGUCAAGAGCGCUCUGGGCCUGGAGUUGUCCAACAGCAGCCUGGGGCCGUGGUGGUCGGGCAGGCGGGGCCCGCGCUGGCGGGGACAGCUGACCAGCCUGUGGGCGCUGCUACAGCAGGAGGAGUACGUCUACUUCAGCCUGCUGCAGGACCUCAGCCCACACGUGCUGCCCGUGCUGGGCUCCUGCGGCCACUUCUACGCGGUGGAGUUCCUGGCCGCGGGCAGCCCCCACCACGGGGCACUCUUCCCCCUGGACCAGGCCCCAGGUGCCCCUGGGGGUGGCCAGGCCAAGGCCAUCAGUGACAUCGCACUCAGCUUCUUGGACAUGGUGAACCAUUUUGACAGUGACUUUUCCCACCGCCUCCACCUCUGCGACAUCAAGCCGGAAAACUUUGCCAUCCGGAGCGACUUCACAGUGGUGGCUAUUGAUGUGGACAUGGCCUUUUUUGAACCUAAAAUGAGGGAAAUCCUUGAGCAAAAUUGCACAGGAGAUGAAGACUGCAAUUUCUUUGACUGUUUUUCAAGAUGUGAUUUACGAGUCAACAAGUGCGGAGCGCAGCGCGUAAACAACAACCUGCAGGUCAUCUGUGACAAAAUAUUUCGCCAUUGGUUUUCUGCACCUCUCAAGAGCCCUGCGGUCUCUUUCCAGCUUCAGCUGCAGUUACAGGAGGCGGUGCAGGAAUGUGCAGACCCUGGGGUCCCCAGCGGGAACACCCGGAGAGCAGCCCCCAGCGUGUUCUGGAAGCUUCACCGACUCCUCCAGGCCACACUGAGGGAGCUGCAGGAGGCAGAGAAGUAGCCACUCUCUGGCCUUAAAGAUGCUCAGACAGGAAAAGUGACCUUCGCUGGAUUUCUUCUGCCAUUGUUUUAAAGAUGAGCCAUUUUCCCCCUGCUCUCUGGGGUGCUGUUCUGGCCUCCACAGCGUGGAUUGGCAAGUGCUGCUGCCAGAGACGGUGCUCCCUCGCUCUGGUCCCACCCUGGCCUCUGACCUGUCACCUUGUGUAAAAUGAGAGGAGGGAGGAGGUACAGACCUCCCUUCAGGAGGGCUCUCGGUCAGAAGACACAAACCUGUGUGCACUUAUUCUCUGCAGAGAGCACUUGUACCUGGUUAUCCCAGCACGAGUUCCAGCUGUUCUUUCCUGUAAAUCGUUACCACGUUAAAAAGUGUGUGUGUGUGCAUGCAAAUGAACGUGUAUGCCUGUGUCUGGGUGCAAAUGAGCAUGUGAGCAUGUGUGAGUGUGCCCAUGAGUGCAUGUGUGUGAGUGUGCC